AGCCCUUUGAUAGCCAAGGGCUAGAUUCGGCAGCCCCGGCGACUUUGCUGUUUCGGGGGGCUGUUCUUGCGAUGGCGCCCGGCCAGUACUCCGCGGAUCCGAAGAAGCACACGCUUCAGCCCAUAGUCACAGGCGCCACCGUCGUCGGGAUGAAGUACGCGGGCGGCGUGCUGCUGGCCGCGGACACGAUGGCGAGCUACGGCUCGCAGGCCCGCUACAAGGACGUGUGCCGCCUGAAGAAGGUCGGCAAUUACACGCUGCUGGGCGCCAGCGGGGAGAUCAGCGACUUCCAGUACAUCGGAGACCUGGUCGACGAGCUCGCCAUGACAGACUUUCUUCAUGAGGACGACUGCUCCAUGGGCCCGCACGAAUACGCGUCCUACAUCGGCCGCGUGAUGUACAACAGGCGCAGCAAGAUGAACCCGCUAUACAAUCAGCUCAUCGUUGCCGGGAAGAAGGCGUCGGGCGACUCCCACCUCGCGUUCAUCGACCACCAGGGGACUGCCUUCGAAGAGGAAUUCAUCUCGACCGGCUUCGGCGCCUACCUCGCUAUGCCCAUCUUGCGCAACGAGUGGAAGCCUGACAUAUCGCUUGAGGACGCCAAGAAGCUCGCGGUCAAGUGCCUCCAGGUCUGCUUCUACCGCGACUGCAAUGCCUACUUCAAGAUCCACAUCGCGACCUGCGACGGGGAGACACAGGAGAUCAGCGAGCCGAUCGCCAUGGAUCACUACUGGGGCCACUCUGCGUGGCUCAAGAAG